CAGUAUCAUGAUGUGAAACACGGUGGUGGCGGUAUCAUGAUGUGAAACACGGUGGUGGCAGCAUCAUGAUGUGAAGCACGGUGGUGGCGGCAUCAUGCUGUGGGAAAGCUUCUCAACAGCAAGCCAAAGAAGGAGUGUGUUUUAUCAUUAAUUUUAAUUUUACAUACAGUGCUACUGUAACAUAUAGAAUCAUUAUAUAUAUAUAUUUUUAAAUAAUUUAAAUAAGUCCAGUAAAUGUUUUUUUUAACAAAGUUUUCAAGAUCAAUCCAAGUUAUUCUGCAAUAAAUACAAAUAAAGGUUAGUUGGGAGACACAAAAAUUAGACUAAAAACUUCUUCCUUUACAUUUUUAGGGGACAAAGUAUAGAGACCUUGUUAUUAUGGACCUUUUGUUGGUUCUGCAUGACUGGUGCAAGCAGACAAUGUAACCAAGCAACCAGUGUUACCUGAGCUGCACACCUGAGUAAACAAGCAGUACAGCAACCAACUCUCCCUUUUCUGGGUUAGUUUGCUCAGGGUCACAGGAAUAUUUUGUCAUCCAUUUAUAAGUUAAAAAAAAAAAUGUCAUCUCACAUUAUGCUCUCCUACCAGUGGGAUGAUCAGGCUCUUGUGAAAAAGAUAUACGACCGUCUGAAAGAUGACGGCCUGCCAGUGUGGAUGGAUAUCGAAGGAGGGGUGACGGGGAACAUCAACGACGCGAUGGCUGCAGGGGUGGAGGAGGCUGCCGUGAUUUGCCCGUUCAUGACUCCGGCUUACCAAGCCUCCCGCAGCUGUAAGAAGGAGCUCAGCUAUGCAGACACCAGGGAGGUGGUUAUUGUGCCGGUCAUGCUGACCAACAACUGGGAAGCCAGCGAGUGGCUGGGGCUGAUCACUGCAGGCCUGCUGUGGGUGGACUUCAGAAAUGCAGAAGAAGAUGAAGAGCAGUUUGAGACGUGUCUCCGGUCUCUGGAGGAGGAGAUCAUGUUUAAUGCCGGUCACCUCCUGGCAGAUGAAGAACCUCCAACAGAGGCGGUGGACCAACCACAACCAGCAAAACCCAGUCUGAAGAAGAAACCUGGCCGAGGCUUUCGUCACGCUCUGUCAAAGCUCUACAUCCAGGACUCAGGUGAGCAGACAAUAGAGCCAACUGGUGACAGCAGAAACACAGUGGAGCUCAGUGAGACGGCUGGAGAUCAGAGCUACUGGGAGGAGAUUAAAGGUGACGGCUGUAAGUACUACAGGAGCAUCGUCACCAACAGAUACCUCGGGUUUGAUCCCAGCAGCAACCAGGUCCACUCUGAAGGUCGUCCUUCUCCAAAUGAAGAGUGGCUUCUGCUGGUGGACCAGACAGAGCAGAACCACCAGAGAGCCGUCGUCAUCAAGCACAAACGCUCCGGGAGCUUCCUGGCAGUCCAAAACGGCAGCUUUACUGGACUAACGUUGUACAACGAGGGCUGCAAAUGGUUUUUGGAGUAAAGCAGACAAACAAGAUGUGGGCGCUUCUGCCAAAGAUAGUUGAGGGAAAGUUUGCUUGAUAAAAAAGCACGAGCAAGAAGUUGGUAGAAAUAAAAUUCAAGAUUGGUACUGUGACAAGAGGAAAAUAAUAAAAAGAAAAGUCUUCAGAA